CGGAAGUGUGCGGGAUAUGUCGCUCACAUGCGCCCCCUGGCUAGUAGUCACGUACAUUACUUAGUCGUUGGUCCUGUCGGGUGGCAGAGUGUCCGGCCUGGGGGUGCCAUUAUUUCCAUAAUGUCAACUGCUCCAGCGGAAGAUGAGACCCAGUUUUACUGUAAAGCGAAGAAGUAUUGGAAAAAUGUCCCCGCCACGGUCGAUGGAAUGCUCGGAGGAUAUGGGCAUAUAUCCAGUAUAGAUAUCAAUGGCUCGAAAAAGUUCCUACAGAGGUUUCUCCGAGACGGGCCCCUGAAGACCGGUACCUCAUAUGCCUUAGACUGUGGCGCUGGCAUCGGCCGGAUCACCAAACGCCUCCUGCUACCACUCUUUAAAACGGUUGACAUGGUCGAUGUAACUGAUGAGUUUUUAAGCAAGGCCAAAGGCUAUCUGGGAGAAGAUGGAAAGCGAAUUGGUGAAUAUUACUGCUGUGGGCUGCAAGACUUUGCCCCAAAGCCAAACCACUAUGAUGUCAUCUGGAUCCAGUGGGUGAUAGGGCAUCUAACGGACAGUGACCUGGUGGAGUUCUUGAAGAGGUGCAAAACUGGCUUGCGGCCAAAUGGUAUCGUAGUCAUCAAGGACAACAUGGCCCAAGAAGGGGUCAUCAUGGAUGACGUGGAUAGUAGCAUCUGCAGAGACAUGGAUGUCGUACGUAGGCUUAUCAGACAGGCUGGCCUUAAUGUUCUAGCCCAGGAAAAGCAAGAAAACUUCCCUGAGGAAAUCUACCAUGUUUUCUCCAUUGCCAUUAGAUAAACUCCCCCCUCACA